AUGAAUGUAGAUAAGAGCGCGGUGGCCAAGAUUCCUGCCAUCUUCGAGGCCAUGCAAGGUGCAGACAUCUUUGCGCUGCAGGAGGCGGAUAUUCCUAUGGACAGCCUUCCUCGGUUUUGUGAGGAGUGGAAGAAGCUCGGCUACAAGUUCUUUGCAGCCCGGCCUGACGAGCGUAGGGUGGUCCGCACGGGGCUCCUCACCUCUCUGGCUGCCUCGCCGAUUGCGCUUGACGACCGCUUGGAUGCUACGCGCUUCGCCGCGGUGCUCAUUGAGGUCCCGCAUGCCAAUGGUUACUUUAAGUUCCUGGCGGUCGACGUCUAUGGCUUCGCCACGGACCUUCCCGCUACUAAGGUGCUUUGUGAGGAACUUUUCGGAGCUCUCACCUGUGUGGGCCUGCCGUGGAUUUCCAUCGGGGAUUACAACGCCACUCGUGAGGAGCUUUGGUCGGUCUUCUCUCAAGGCCUGGCUCGCGACUUGGACGCUGACUUUGAGGCUUGCUUCUCUUUACCAGCUACCUGCACCGGGCAUCGUCGCAUUGAUUGGGCUGCCGGUCACCGUCUUUGGGCGGUUAAACUGACCCAUCGCCGUGGGAUUGCCAACCACCUGUUGCUUGAGUACCACCUGGACAUCCACACGGCCCAGCAGGAGACCAUCAUCUCGCCUGGCAAUGUCUUGGAUGUCGAGGACCCGGCGGUCAUCGCUCAGGCUUUCGAGGCUCUCUGGAAGCCUCGUGACUUCGCUGCUUUGGUUCGUCAGGGUGCGUUGCAGGAGGCCUGGUGUUACCUUUCGGACUCCGCGGAGCAGUGCAUGGCCUCUUACUUUGACUCCUCCUGUAGCAGGACUGGCUCCGCGGCUCCUCGGAGGCGGAAGGAUCUGGGCCACAAGGCCACUCGCGAGCCUGAAACUGCAAAGUUGCGAAGCCUCAGGCGUCUCUUACGGCGGCUCCAGGCCUCGCGGCAGCCUGGAGUUGACACUUUUCGACUGGCACAGAAGUUGCGUUGGGAUCACAAGCGCUUGCAGCGGGACUUCCCUGAGCUUGGCACCAUUGAUCUCUCCGAGCCUUCGGCGAUUGCCCGGGUGACUGUGCUUGUUGAGGCCCAGGUUGAUCGGGAGCGUGCUCUCCGUUUGGCCCGCUGGCGCAGCAAAGUGGCUUCUUCCUCACGCUUUAGGCUUGCGUGGGUGCGUCGUAAGGUGGAGUCUUUUCGUGAGGCCAAUCCGCGGCGCAUCACUUCCUCUGAGGAGCUGCACGCUGUUGCUCUUCACCCUCUUCGUGUCUUGGACAAGGCAGCUGUGGAGUGGCAAGCGCGUUGGAUGGCUCGCGAGGUGGACGAGGCCCGCUUCCGUGCUUACCUUCGGCAGGUCCCUGCAUGUCCUCAGGCUACGCUGGACUGCUCGUUCACUGUGGAGGAGCUGCAGCAGGCGGCGCGUCAGAUGAGCCGUCGUGCUCCUGGACGCGACCAGUGGACGGCGGAGGAGCUCCUUUUGCUCCCAACGGCAUGGUGGAGUGGACUGGUCAGUUUAUGUGAGGGCAUCUUUGCUCAUGGCACAGUGCCGCGCUCUUGGUCCUGCUGCACGGUUUCCCUCCUCGACAAGGCUGAGCCAGGUGAGCACCGCCCGAUCGCUCUGGCACCGGUGGUGUGGCGAAUCAUCAUGAAGGUUGUCCUUCGUCGGCUCCGGCCUUGGAUGGAUGGCUGGCUCACGCACUUCACCUUCGGUGGGGUCCACGGCUCCAGCGUCAUCGACAGCCACGCCUUGCUGGACUUCGAGAACACGCCGGACUCCGUUAUCGUCUCUCAGGACCUGACGAAGUUCUUCGAUAGCAUCGACCACUCGUUGUUGAGGCUGACCCUUCAGCAUUAUGGAGCGCCUCGGGCCUUCAUCGAUGUGCUCGUGGACUUUUACUCCCAGGCCUCUCGGGUUCUGGUCUACAAGGGCUUCCGUUUGGGCUCGGAGGGUGCCUCUGCGCUUAAGGUUGGACGUGGCAUUCUCCAGGGAUGCCCGGCUUCUCCUAUGCUGAGUGCGUUGUUCAUGAACACGUGGGGCUGGGUGCUGCGGCCUUUUGCCCGCGUCUCCACCUUUGUUGAUGAUCGCCUGAUCUUCGGGAGGGCAGGCCGAGUGCCUGACUUGCAGAGGGCUAUCGAGGCCAGCAAUGCCUUCGACGACUGCGUGCAGUUUGAGUGCAAGCCGAAGAAGUGUGCGGUGGCGGCAGCUCUUGAUGGUGCAGGUCCAGGGUUCUGCCCUGCCGUCGUCAAUCUCGCUGAGGCGGUACGCUACCCGCUCACUAGCAAACUCAAGGUUCUCGGUCUGAUCCAUGUUGCUGGCCAACGCGGUGCCAUCAGUAUGGACCCGGACCUGCCUGCGGCCAUCCGCCUCCUUGCCAAGUGCAUCGGCAUGCUCCCUGGCCCGGGAGCUCUUCGUGGAGACAUCCUGAAGCAGAUGUUGAUCCCUAAACUCACCUGGUGUGCUGGUGUCGCCGCCUAUGAUCUGCAGACACUGAGGGAUCUACGCUACGAUGUGGUGAGGGCGUUCCACCCAGUGGCCCUUGUUGAUACGCCGAAUGUCCUGGCUCUGCAAAUUUUGGGAUGGCGCCACGAGCCGGUCGGCGCGGCCCUCCUGGCUACUUUGCGAACUUGCAUCCGAUGGCAGUUUAGGCAGCCCCGCUGGCUGGAGGAUAUCGGCGUCAACUUUGCCCUGCGCCCUGCCGCGGCCAUUCUCCCUGGAGUGCAGCUUGCGAUGGACACCCUUGGCUGGUGGCUCGGGCCUGGUAGCCUCAGCUUCUGUAGACGGGAUGCUCAUGGUCGAUUGCGAUCCUUUGUGAUGGGUGAGGAUAGUACUGAGCUGCUGGCCCAAUGGAUCGAGUACGAGUUGUCCAGAUCGGCCUUGCAGACGUGUAGCCGAAUUGCCAAGUCGCUACACCGGCCUUCUGAGGCCCAGCUUGCACAAGGAUUAGACCUGCCAAAGCCUUCAGCAGAUCAUGUCGUGCUUGCUCAGGGCCAUAAGGCCGCCUUCGCAGGAGCCAGCGACAAGUGGUCGCUCCAGACGGCGCUUGCUGCAGGGUGCUCGGUUUGGUCGCACUUCCCGAAGGCUGCACUGAGAGCUGAGGACCCUCGUGCUGUUUGUGUUUGCGGAAAGCGCCUUCCCUCGAGGCCUCAUUUAGCCUGGAACUGUGAGGCCUUGCGUCACCUACGACCUCCGAGGAUGCCGUGUGACCGUGCACAGGAGAGACUCUUCGCGAUCACCACUCCUGAAGUACCGCCUCCUCCUGCUGUGCUGGACCCUUCGAGCUUUGCUGAGGACUUGCGCGACGUGCUGAGCGCUGCCGUUGAACGUGGGCCGCUGCUGGUGGGCACCGAUGGCUCCGAAAAGGACAUGAUCUCUGGCUUCGCGGUCGUUGUGGAGGGCAUCGACGAGGUCAUCCAAGGUGGCGUGCCUGGCGAGGACCAGUCCCCUUUCAAGGCGGAGGUCUACGCGAUGGUGGUUCUGCUGGAGGCCCUGGCUGGUCUGCCGGCUCCUUCGAGGCCUACACCCUGUACGGUCGCCGUUGACUGUCAGGCGGCUCUCGCUGUCUUCUUCGGCGGUGGCUCUGAGCUUCCGGGGCUGGCGCGUCGACUUGGCGUCCUACGAGCUGGCCUCCACGUGCACUGGCAGCUCCACAUGGUCUGGGUACCAUCGCAUGGAAAGGAGAGUGUGAACUUCAUGCCUCCUGAGUGGUGUCACCCUGACCGCCUUCGCCGACUCAAUGAUCGGGCAGAUGUCGCGGCCAAGCAGGCUGUGGCAGCGAGGAGGGCGAGGUCUUCUCGUCCGGCGUGGAUUGCUUCGGUGGCUGCUGCAAAGCAGUGGGAGAUGCAGACGCUGCAGGCGGUUGCAAGAAUUGCGGAAGCCUAUGCGCGCCAUGCGCAGGGCCUGAAGUGA